CUUUGCUGAGUCGACGCUGUAUAAUGGGCCCAGGGAUACCUGAUCCCAACGUUUGGCCCAACUUCUCUGCCCACCACCAUUCUGCUCCUCCCCCAAAUCGAAACCCUCGCCGUCGCCCUUCUCCCCCUCCUCCGGCGGCCAUGGACGAGCAGCAGGUGCUCCUUGGCAUCUCCAGGAGCGAUAUGCUCGCCAGAAUAGAGCGUUGCGGCCGGGAUCCUGCGAUGCUGGACCUCGGCUCAAACAUGCUGCUCCACUUCGCGUACGAGUACCUCCCGGACCCGCCCGUCUCCCCCACCGCGCCCCUGUCGCUCGCCGGCGCGUCGUGGGUACCCGACGGCGUCGACCGCAUCAGCCGCCUCCCCGACGUCGUCCUCCGCGACAUCAUCUCCCGCCUCCCUGCCAAGGACGCCGCGCGCACCACCGCCCUCGCCUCGCGCUGGCGCCCACUCUGGCGCUCGGCGCCCCUUGCUCUUGUCGACAACCAUCUGCUUCCGGACGGCGGCGCCUCUGGGCCGCUCAUCAUCGGUGCUCCCUCUCCCCGCGCCGUCACCGCCGCGGUGUCCAGCGCCCUCGCGGCGCACCCGGGGCCUUUCCGCUGCGUCCACCUCACCUGCAGCACCAUGGACGAGCACCGAGGCGAGAUGGCGCGCUGGAUCGACACCCUCGUCGCCAAGGGGGUCAAAGAUCUCGUCUUUGUCAACCGCCCUUGGCCGAUGGACCUGCGCCUCCCCGCCACGCUCUUCAGCUGCGCCUCCCUCACCCGCCUCUAUCUCGGCGUCUGGACACUUCCAGGCACCGCCGCCGUGCCGCGCGGCGCCAGCUUCCCCAAUCUCCGGGAGCUCGGCCUCUGCAUGACUGUCAUGGAGGACCGUGCUCUGGCCUUCUUGCUCGAAAAAAGCCCCGUCCUGGAGUUCCUCCUCAUCAUGUGGAGCCAGACCGGAGUGCGCCUCCGACUCGUCAGCCACAGCCUGCGGUGUCUUCAGCUGGGCUAUACCCACUUGGAGGACAUCGAAGUGGUGGAUGCCCCUCGCCUGGAGAGGUUCUUCCUGCGAAAUGUAUCCUUGCCUGGAACCGGCAAGUUCACCAUAAACAGCCCUUCCAGGAUCAAGAUUGGCGGUGCACCCAACCUGCGUGUGCUGGGAUACAUUCAGCCAGGACAGACAGAGCUGGGGAUUAGCAACACCGUCAUCGCUGGGAGCAAGGAGAACAUUGUCCCUAGUGUCCAGAUUUUGGCCAUAGAGUUGCACUUUGGUGUCCGCGAUGCUGUCAAGAAAUCCCCCCGCAUAUCUGAAAAGUCCACCGGCAAGGUCAAUCUGAAGUUCUGGCAGGAGGGCGGUCCCAUGAAAUGCGUGGUGCAGAGCAUGAAGAAGGUGUUCUUCUACGAGUUCCAAGGGUCGAGAAGCGAGGUUGCUUUCCUCAAGUUCAUCGCGGAGAGAGGCCGGGUGCUGGAGCAGAUGGUGGUUGUGGUGUCCAGCAAGUGUUUCUCCUGGGUGGAUGAUGAUGUGAAUGUCAAGCUGAAGCCGCUGACGGGUGCGAAAUGGAGCAGCAAAGCCUGCAAACUACACAUCUUCAAGAGCCCACGCACUGAUGUCGCGGGUCCACUCUGCAGGCACAAUAUAGCUUGUGAUUUUGGGUGGGCUGACCCUUUCGACCUCAGGUACUACUACAAAGCAGAAAGGAUGUCUGUAAGUUAGUUAAUAGCACCACGCCGUGCCUCUUGUGCUGCAAGACUGCUAGUUCUUGAGCUAAAAAACCUGCAUUUCUCUUGGCAUGCUUUCUGGAUGUGGUGUUACAUGAUGAGGUUGUUUGUGCCAAGAAGUCUUGUGUGGCUGGAUUGCUGGUGGGAGUAAUGGAUUGAAUCGGAAAAAUUGUUUUUACCAAUAA